CACGACGUCAAGCCGCCGCCUCUCUUCACUGGUCGAGCGUGUGGUGGCAGUGUCUGGGUUUUAGUGGGUUGUACUCUUCAAGCCCAUUCAGAUGCUGCGUGUGCUGGGCAAGGCAGCGGGCCGUCUGCUGGCCGGCGAGGCGUCGGCCAGCGGCCAGACGGCCCGGGCCAUCGGCACCUACGUCAUCCCCGACCAUCUGGCGACGAUCCCGGAGCAGGAGGACCCCGAGUUCUUCGAGAUGGUGGAGUACUUCUUCCACCGCGGCUGCCAGCUGGUGGAGCCGCAUCUCGUCGACACGAUGAAGUCGCGCGUCUCGCGGGAUGACAAGGCGCUCAAGGUGCGCGGCAUCCUGCAGAUGAUGGAGCCGUGCCAUCACGUCAUCGAGAUCUGCUUCCCGCUGAAGAAGGACGACGGCAGCUUCGAGAUGAUCACCGGCUAUCGGUCGCAGCACUCGCAGCACCGCGUGCCCACCAAGGGAGGUGGGUCCGGCGCUGCGGCGCUUAAGCAGAGGCCGCGGAGACGGAAUGACGAGUCCAGCUGA